UGGCAUAUGUGGGUGGGGUUUAGGCGUUAGCCUCUCCCUUUCUCCCGUGAAGAAUUGGGAGCCAGAGCCCAGAGGCCCUCAUGGCGUCUUUGUGCCUCUCCACACUCUCUUCUCUGUCUUCAACUUCCACGGUUUCUCCCUCGGCAUCGGCGUCUUCUCCCAGAUGUCUCCUGCACGCCGGCGGUCCGUCUUCUUUUGCUCUUUCUCGGUCCGGGAGUCUACCGGGGACGGCUUGUGGCUGUCUGGGGAGGAGAAGGGAGAUCGUGUCCAUGGCACCCGAAGAGGAGAAGAUGACCCGCCGUUCGCCUCUUGAUUUUCCAAUAGAGUGGGAAAGGCCGAAGCCUGGGAGGAGACCAGAUAUAUUCCCCCAAUUUAGUCCGAUGAAAGCACCAUUGCCACCACCAAUGCCAGCAGAUCCUCCCGAAGAAGACGAAGAAGAGGAGGAGAAGAAGGAGGAAGAGGAAGAAGAGGAAAAUCCUGACCAGGAAGACCCAGAUAACCCAGAAAAGCAGCAGUAGUCAAUUUUGUGGUUAGAAUAGAGAAAAGGGAGGUUAGUGGCUCUUGUGGAUUUGCAUGGCUGUCAAUUGAAUAUGGUAAUGCCAACCAGAUUCUGUGGACCUAGAGUGUUUUUCGAGUACCAAAGGCUAGUUUGAGCCACUCUGUUGCUCUGGUUACUGGUCAGCCAUUUGGUAGAGUGAUGUCUGGUGGGCUUUGCAGAUUAUGUUGAGUCUCUUUCACAUACAUACUCUGGAGAGUGUAAUAAUAGGUUAUUAGCAAUGAUAAAUUACCUUGGUCUGGGUUUGUGAGCAA